AUGGGAGAAUACAGCAUAAAUGAUAUAUCACAAGAGCUCGCCAAGCAUUUGGAUUUUUCAGAGACUAGCACAGAGGCAAUGAAAGAGGUCCAGAACAAUGUCGAAAAUGUAACAAACAAAAUGGAAGGAAUAAAACAAUCCUUAGAACAU